GUGAAAAUACUUUUCGCCUUACUCCAUCGGAUCGACCAAAAGCAGGUGCGAAAGCGACGACGGCCGGCUCGCCGGCGCACGACCUCGGCCCCAACGUAGACCUCGUCUCCGGUCCUCCUUCUGCGACCUCCAAUUGAACCUCGCAGUCGCGACCGCUCUUCCAAUUUUCUUUCUAUCUCCAUCUAUGGCGUCGGCCAAGGCCUCGGCCGCUACUCUCCCUCUCAUCCUAGACAUCGAGGAUUUCAAGGGAGAUUUCUCCUUCGAUGCGUUAUUUGGCGGUUUGGUGAACGAGCUUCUGCCGUCAUUUCAAGACGACGACGCGGAUGGGACGGAUAGCACGGGUGUGCCGGACCCCAUGCAGAAUGGGACUUGGCGAGGCCUUCAGGGUCCGGGUAUCCCGAUGUUCCCCGCAGUGGAGGAGCUUCUCGCGCUAUUCAAAGAUUCGUGCAAGGAGUUGGUGGAUCUCCGGCAACAGAUCGAUGGGAGACUCCAGAAUCUGAAGAAGGAUGUUGAGGUCCAAGAUGCUAAACAUCGCAAAACGCUUGCUGAGCUGGAAAAAGGUGUAGAUGGCCUACAUCAGAGCUUUCAGAGGCUAGACUCUAGAAUUUCCAGUGUGGGGCAGACUGCUGCUAAAAUUGGUGACCAUUUGCAGAGUGCAGAUUCUCAAAGAAAAACUGCUAGUCAAACCAUUGAACUUAUCAGGUACUUGAUGGAGUUCAACAGCAGCCCUGGUGACCUCAUGGAACUUUCACCUUUGUUUUCCGACGAUAGUCGUGUUGCUGAGGCUGCUUCAAUUGCACAAAAACUGAGAUCAUUUGCUGAAGAGGAUGUUGGAACACAUGGAAUUAAUAUGCCAUCAGCAGUUGGUGCUGCAAAUGCUAGCAGAGGUCUUGAAGUUGCAGUCGCAAAUCUUCAAGACUAUUGUAAUGAAUUGGAGAAUAGAUUGUUAUCACGGUUUGAUGCAGCAUCACAGCGGAGGGAAUUGUCUACAAUGGCAGAGUGCGCUAAAAUCUUAGCCCAGUUUAACAGGGGAACUAGUGCUAUGCAACAUUAUGUAGCAUCAAGACCGAUGUUUAUUGAUGUUGAAGUUAUGAGCACAGAUAUCAAUUUAGUUCUUGGCGAUCAGGGUUUACAAGCUGGUACCAGUAACAUUGCGCAUGGCCUUUCCACACUAUACAAAGAGAUUACAGACACUGUGAGAAAAGAGGCAUCAACCAUAAUGGCUGUUUUUCCAUCACCAAACGAUGUCAUGUCAAUUCUUGUGCAGAGAGUUAUAGAGCAAAGGGUAAGUGCAAUUCUUGAUAGGCUACUGGAAAAGCCAUCGCUCAUGAACUUACCUCCUGUCAAUCAAGGAGGUCUUCUUCAGUAUCUUAGAAUAUUCUCAGUGUCAUAUGAGAAUACAGAAGGACUUGCUAAAGAGUUGCAAUCUGUUGGCUGUGGUGAUUUGGAUGCUCAAGGUCUUAUGGAAUCACUGUUUCUUUCACACAAAGAUGAGUAUCCAGAGUAUGAACAGGCAUCCCUCAAACAACUAUAUCAAUCAAAGAUGGAGGAGUUACGUGCUGAAGCCCAGCAACAAUCUGAAUCAACUGGGACUAUCUCAAGGUCAAAAACAGCAGCAAGUCCUCCAAUCCAACAGAUAUCUGUUACUAUAGUAGCAGAAUUUGUACGGUGGAACGAGGAAGCCAUUACUAGAUGUACUUUGUUCUCUUCGCAGCCAGUUACUCUUGCAAGUAAUGUGAGAUCAGUCUUUGGUUGCUUACUGGAACAAGUGAGCCGAUAUUUAACUGAUGGACUCGAGCAUGCUAGAGAAAGUUUAAACGAGGCUGCAGCUUUAAGAGAUAGAUUUGUUAUUGGAGCAAGCGUCAGCAGAAGGGUGGCUGCAGCAGCUGCUUCUGCUGCUGAAGCUGCUGCUGCUGCAGGUGAGAGUAGCUUUAGAUCUUUCAUGAUUGCUGUGCAGCGGUGUGCUAGCAGUGUUGCAAUACUUCAACAAUAUUUCUCAAAUAAACUUUCUCGGCUUUUAGCUCCUGAUGCCCAUGCUGCAUGUCUUGAAGAGAUGGGUACAGCUGUCUCCAGAGUAGAGGGUUCUGCUCAAAAAGGUCUUCAACAGUGUAUUGAAACUGUCAUGGCUGAGGUUGAGCGAUUACUAUCUUCAGAGCAGAAAACUACAGACUAUCGGACACCUGAUGAUGGAAAUGCUCCUGAUCAUAGACCAACAAAUGCUUGCAUAAGAGUUGUAGCAUACCUAUCUCGAGUGCUUGAAUCUGCAUUCAGUGCUUUGGAAGGUCUCAACAAACAGUCAUUUUUGACUGACCUGGGAAAUCGCCUACACAAGGGCCUAGUUAACCAUUGGCAGAAAUUCACUUUUAGUCCAAGUGGUGGACUGCGGUUAAAACGUGACAUUACUGAGUACGGGGAGUUUGUUCGCAGCUUCAAUGCUCCUUCCAUAGAUGAAAAGUUUGAGCAGUUGAGCAUAGUGGCAAAUGCCUUUAUUGUGGCACCUGAAAGCCUUGCUUCCCUAUUUGAGGGUACUCCUCCAAGCAUCAGGAAAGAUGCAUUAAGGUUCAUUCAACUACGCGAGGACUUCAAGACAGCUAAAAUUUCAUCUAUGCUUCAUAGCUUUACGUCAGAUUCAUAGUUUACGAUGCUUUCAACUUUUCAUGUUUAUUUCAAGUUGCGAUCAUUUAGCAACGGCGGGCCUAUUAGGUGGAGUGGCAGUUUGAAUCAUGGGAGGCCGAGCAUUUACAUGCAAUUUUUUUUAUAUGUACUAGAAUAAUAUAUUAUUCAUUACAAUUUAAGUUUGUCCAGCAUCUCAAUUCACUAGAAGCAUUAUGUCACAUCUUUUGGAUUUGUAACUCAAACUGUGGUAUCUGCAAAUGCAUUUUUACAAGAAAAAUGCUCUUUUUUUGAA